CAGUUCAAGCGGAAGAUGGAGGAGGAGGAGGAGGAGCGGCGGCGGCAGCGGCAGCAGCAGCAGAGUCCAGAUGAGCCGCCGCCGCCCCCGGGGGCCGCCGCCGCCCCUACAUCCGCCGGCGGCGGCGAGCCGAAGAAGAGGAGCGGGCCCGGCCCUGCGGCGCUCAGCUUUGUGGGCAAGCGGAGAGGCGGGAACAAGCUAGCCCUCAAGACAGGAAUAGUAGCCAAGAAGCAGAAGACCGAGGAUGAGGUUAUGACAAGUAAAGGAGAUGCUUGGGCCAAGUACAUGGCGGAAGUGAAAAAAUACAAGGCACAUCAGUGCAGUGAUGAUGACAAAACCCGGCCCCUGGUGAAAUAACUCUUUCCGCCAAGGACUUUCUGCAUUGUACAUACUUAUUUAACGCAGCAAAAGAACAAUAGCAUUUUCACCAAGGACUCAAAAACAGAAGACAAACUUGUAGCUUUCUGAACUGCAGAGAGGUGGCU